CAUUGUCCACCUCCAUGGAUCACACGGACGAUGACAAGAAACAUGAACGCAUUUCCAGGACAGGGACAUGGAAAAUGACCUAGUAAAACUACCCUAGUAUUCGAGGGGCAGAAUGGUCUUCGAGUAUCUUGCACUGCCAUGCUUAUGGAACAAGGUAAGGUGGGGAGUGUCUUUGGCAGUGGGUUUGAGGCUUAGAGGAGACGUGGGAGAGCUCUCAUGAAGCCACAAGCCGGCUGUGAGAUAGAGGCCACGGGCAUCAGCUACCAGAUCUCCAUCUCAAAGAGAUGUCACCCCUUGAAGAAGAUAUGGAGUAGAGAUGGAGAGGAGGGUGGUGGUGCGUCGAGUCACCGCCCUGCAUCAUGCAGAGAGGAAGACAAUGCACAAGUUGUUGAUGCAGCCGAUGAGAAGCCCUGCAACGAGUGCGAAGUCCGGAAUGUGCUGCAGAACGUCAGCUGCUGCGCCAAGCCGUCGGAGAUCCUGGCGAUCGUCGGCCCAAGCGGCGCCGGCAAGUCCACAUUGCUCGAGAUCCUCGCCGGGAAGAUAAGCCCGUCGACGCCGCCGACCAUCCUGAUCAACCAGCGGCCGGUGGACAAGUCCAAUUUCCGGAGGAUCUCCGGCUACGUGACUCAAAAGGACACUCUGUUCCCCCUACUGACGGUGCGGGAGACGCUCAUGUUCAGCGCCCGCCUCCGCCUCGGCUGCGGCGGCGGCAGCGGCCUCUCCCAGUCUCAGCUGAGCUCCCGGGUGGAGUCCCUCCUCCGGGAGCUCGGGUUGGGGCGCGUCGCCGACGCUCGUGUGGGUGACGACGCCCGCCUCCGGGGUAUCUCCGGCGGCGAGCGCCGGAGGGUCUCCAUCGGAGUUGAGGUAGUCCACGACCCGAGAGUGCUGAUCCUAGACGAGCCCACGUCCGGGCUGGAUAGCACGUCGGCGCUGCAGAUCGUCGACAUGCUCAAGGACAUGGCCGAGACCCGCGGCCGCACCAUCAUCCUCAGCAUCCACCAGCCCGGGUUUCGCAUUCUGAAGCUCUUCGGCUGCAUCCUCCUCCUCGCCGAUGGCACCGUUCUCCACCACGGCACCAUCGACCAACUCCACUCCCAUCUCCGUUCCGUCGAUCUCGAGCUACCCCGGCACGCCAACGUCCUCGAAUUCGCCAUGGACUCCAUCGACACCCUCCGCCGCUGGCAAUUAGAGCAUCACCAGCAACAACCACCGCCGGCAAGAGCACCACCACCCCAGUUUCCCAAGAAAUUAGUUGACGGAGCUGACGACAAGAGAGACAGGUGCACCCUGCAGCAGCUCUUUCAGCAGCACAAGGUGGUCGACGAGGAGUCGCUCGCGGGGCUCGACCCCGACGAGCUGUCGUACGAGUGCGCUAACUCGAGGCCCCGAGAGAUCGCCAUCCUUACCCACCGCUUCUUGAAGAACGUAAUGCGGACCAAGCAACUGUUUGCGUUUCGGACGAUCCAAAUGCUCGUCUCCGGCCUCGUCCUCGGCUCGAUAUUCUACCGUCUCAAGGACGAAAACAUCAGAGAACGAGUGGGUCUCUUCGCCUUUAUCUUGACAUUCCUGCUCUCUUGCACCACGGAAGCGCUGCCGAUCUUCCUCCAGGAAAGAGAGAUUCUAAUGAAGGAGACAUCGAGUGGCAGCUACCGAGUCUCCUCUUAUGUGAUCGCCAACGGGCUCGUCUUCCUUCCGUUCCUCUUCAUCCUGGCCGUACUCUUCUCCGUCCCGGUCUACUGGCUCGCAGGGCUCCGGCCGAGCUGCUCAGCCUUCAUGUACUUCUUGCUGUUAAUAUGGCUAAUCCUGUACACCGCGAACUCGGUGGUAGUCUGCUUCAGCGCUCUUGCCCCCAACUUCAUCAUCGGAAACUCCAUUAUCUCAGGAAUCAUGGGCACCUUCUUCCUUUUCUCCGGCUACUUCAUAUCGAAGCAGUGGAUGCCGAGCUACUGGGUGUUCAUGCACUACGUUUCCCUGUUCAAGUAUCCGUUCGAGGGAUUCCUCGUCAACGAGUUCUCCGGCUCCGGCAAGUGCUUGGAGUACGGGUUUGGGGUGUGCCUGCUGAGAGGGGAUGAUGUGCUGAGGAAGGAAGGAUUGAAGGAGGAGUGCAGGUGGAAGAAUGUGAUGAUGAUGGUGUGCUUCAUCUUGGCUUACAGGUUCUUCUCCUACCUCAUACUGAGGGUCAGGUGCAGGUGUGCUCAGAGAGGUGGGCUCAAAGGAGCCUUGGCCUGAGAUUUAAGUCAUCAUGUAAUGCAAGCCUCACACUCACGCUUUCUUGUGUCCUUGUUGUAUUAAUCAUACUGUUGUUUCCAGCAAAAAUGGUGAUCCAUUAUGUGAAUGUCAUUUGGUCAAUAUAGUUAUGUACUGACAGACAAUAUGACUUUCUUCUUUUA